AUGGACGACUAUGGCGUGGGAUCGAGUGGAAGUAGUGAUACCCCAGGAAGCCAAGCUGGAGCCCAAGGAAGCUAUGACAGUUCCGGUAGCUAUGGAUCAAGUGGGAGUCAAACAGCACAAGGUCAAUACAAUGCUCAGACAACCGCAUAUCAAUCCGCAUAUACAUCUGCAGCUACUCCAACAACUACCUCUAACAGUCAGAGUCAAACAAACUCCGCAUUCCCAACGUCCACUUCUUCAUCAAGUGGACUAUCAUCAACGGAACGAACAGCAAUAAUAGCAGGUGUUCUUGGUGGUGUCGGAGCAUUAUUGAUCAUAUCUCUCAUUGCUAUCUAUCUACUGCAAAGGAGGAAGACGAAGAAGGCUGCUGGUCGCAAAGGAGUUACUCAGCAAGUAUCUUACAAUGGAUUAAACUCUUCAUUUGCUGGUGUACCUUUUAUCAAAAGGAACAGUCAAGGGAGUGAUAGUGAAAUAUCUCGACCACCAAUGGUCGCCGACACUUCAUACCAAGGAGCAUAUAUGAGAGGCGGACAGUCCAGCUAUCCUGACCUUUCCAGUGAUAUGGAAACAGACAGAUUCCUACCAAAUGAUGAGGAAACCCAACAGAGAAUGGCCGGUGGAGGAAAUGGAUAUCACUCACCACCUAAUCACCUUGGCUCUCCAACACAAGAUCCAUUCACAGAUCAAAACCGCCUAUCUCAGCUGACACAAAACCGCCUAUCUCAGUUAUCACAAAAUCGCCUCUCUCAGUUGUCACAAAAUGUUGGGUCUCCUCCCAGACCAGGUCCAUUAGUCAGACAUGAUACCAUGGGUUUCCCUCUCGAUGACGAUGACACUUCAUACAUUGGACCAGAUGGUGAACAACACCGCCUCUCCAGAAUAAUGCACAGCCCCCGUACAUCCAUUCUCGAACCGACCAUUAUAGCUCCCGCCCCCAUACGCCCCACCGUUUCCCACGAGAAUCUCGAGCGAGGCCUCAAUGGAAGCCAGGAUCUCUAUCAAAAUCGGGUCGUUCCCCAACAUCUUGAUUCUCUCACAUCAAACUACGAUACGCCAUACGACGUCGAAAAUGAAAAUGAUACAGUUCCACCUAUGUAUGGAGGUAUCCAAAGUCUAUCUCCAGCUCCUAUAGAAUCAGGAACAUGGAUCGCCGCACGCAAUCCACACUUAGCUGCUGCUUUCAGUAAUGAUAUGCAUAGAAAUUCGAGCACGAGGACUCAGAGUAGUUUUGCACCUAGUGUGAUAAGUGAUACGGAGUUGGAUAGAUUGGGAGUGGGACAGAGAUUGUGA